UUUUUUAAGUCUAGUGUGAAUGCUCCCUUAGUAAAUGACUCAUAAUGGAACUGCAUUCAUAUGCGAAUUUUUACAUGCAGUGAAAACAAUCAAAAUCAUCGUUUUACGAUGUAAGCUACAUUUAAAAACUCUUCUGAUACUAAGUUAUUUAAGGUGAAUCCGUCACCAACUAGAGUGGUUUUGGUAUUUUCAAAACAAGUUCUUAAUUUUUUUUCUUCUCAAAAUGGUUUCAAUUUUUAAGUUAUUAAUAAAACUUCUCAUUUCUCCAACAGAGGACACUAUACUUCUUUUUCCAAAAUUAGUUCUUUUUCUUGGAAUAGUAAAAAUUCUUCAUAAUUCUUAAAUUUGUUAGCCAAUCAAUAAUUAAGAUGAUUCGGAACUGAUGAACGAAAGUUUUCUAAAUCGUCUGUAUAGAGGAAAAUUUAUUGAAAAUUCUAAUCAGUUCUGAGAAAUAAUAAGAAAAUUCUUCAGACAGUUGUUCUCUCUUCAGAAAAAUAACUGUAGUAUAUAUAUAUGUUGGAGAUAUUUAUACUUUUGCAAAAAAUAUGAAUUCAUCAAUUUACUUAAUUUUGGACUCCCUAUGUGGUGAAAACUUUUAUAUCUGGGAUUACAAAAAUAAGUAUUUUAGUAAAUGUUUCAGACAGUUGAGUUUCAUUUAUCCUGCAUUUAUCCUUUUUAUUAUUAGUACAUCAUAUUAUCUUGGAUUUAGUAAUUAUAGACAUAUUGCCCGAACUAAAUCCGAUAAAUUAAUUAUUUCUGCUAGAAUUUUAAUCUCAUCUAUUAUAUUACUUACAUCAAAUGUAGGCUAUUAUUUUAUUUAUUUGAAAGUGAAAACAGUAGCAUCUGUUGAUAUAAUUCAAAUCAUUUUGUGCUUAGUAGCUUGGCUUUUGCAUAUUGGUUUCUUAAGGAAAUUGAUGUCCAAUAUUUGUUACAGUAUAAGAGGUCCCACUGCGAUUGUCGUUUCAGUUUUUAUUUGUUUUAUUGUGUCCAUAUAUGAUUUCUAUAAUCAUUACAGACAAUAUGCAUUUGCUUCUUCAGAUAAGUUUCAGAUUAUAUGUAUUACAUUCCAGUUAAUUUACAUUUUGACUCUUUAUCCUAACAAAAUCAGACGAAAUAAUGUGUUGGUAAAUGAAAAUAGCAGUGAAACAGAACCUCUGAUGAAUUCUGUUGUUUUCCGUUAUUAUGGAUGCGAAAAUAACACUGAUCAAGAUCUCGGAGUGGCGGAAGAUCCGAAGCGGAUAUUUUCUACCUUAUUUUUUUCCUGGGUUAAUCCUUUGAUGUUAAAAGGCUACAACCAAAAUCUGAAUACUGUUGAGGAUUUAUACAGUCUGCCAAAUAGUUUAUUAUCUAUGAAUAUCUAUAAGCAAAUAUCAUUGCUAUCACCUUCCUUAAACGAGGAAAACGAUUAUGUUAGAUUUUUUUGCUGGUCUAUUUCUAAAAAAUCGUUUCACCUUGUCAAAGACCUUCAUAAACUGUUUGCCUGUGAAUUUUAUUUAAUUGGUUUUUUGAAAUUUCUAACGGAUUGCCUUAUUUUCGGAGGACCCCUAUUAUUGAAUUCCUUAGUGUCUCUACUAGAGUCACCAGAGAAUGAUUCAAAAAUUGGCUAUUACUACGCCUUAGGCUUAUUCCUAAUAACAUUUACCUCUGCUAUUAUUUCAUUGCAAUAUAAUUACUUAAUUAAUCGUAUUGGAUUAAAAUUGAAAACAUCUUUAAUGAUUUUGGUGUAUAAGAAAGUUCUUUCUUUAAAUAAAGUUUCAAUGUCCAAUGCUAGUUCUGGAGAAAUAAUGAAUUACUUAAGUACAGAUACCGAUCGUAUUGUUAAUUUCUGCCAAAGUUUUCAUUUGUUUUGGAGUUUACCCCUUCAAAUUAUAGUGGCUUUGAUUCUUUUAUAUCAACAAAUAAGGUACUGUUUCUUCAUUGGAGUGGCUUUUAUGUUAUUUGUGAUACCAUUAAAUCAAUAUGUUGCCAAAAAAAUUGCUGUUUACAGUAAUUUAAUGAUGACUGCUAAAGACAAAAGAAUUAAGAUGAUGAAUGAAAUAAUAUCCGGAAUCAGGAUCAUCAAGAUGAAUGUUUGGGAAACUAUAUUCCUAAGGAAACUUGCUCUGAUCCGUCAAAGUGAAGUGAAAUACUUAAAAAAGCGUAAAUACUUAGAUGCAAUCUGCGUGUACUUUUGGGCUACGACUCCUGUCUUCAUGUCUUUCCUCACAUUUACUUUAUAUGCUCUAUUAGGUUACAGUUUGUCUGCUUCAAAGGUAUUUACUUGUGUUGCACUCUUCAACAUCUUGAUUAUGCCUUUAAAUGCUUUUCCAUGGGUUCUGAAUGGAAUUGUGGAAGCCUGGAUUUCAGUUAAGCGGUUAAGUGGUUUUCUACUACUCCCAAAUUUAGAUGUACCAAAAUAUUAUUCAAAGAUUAAUAAUGGAGAAAAUACAGCUUUAGAGAUUAUAAAUGGGACAUUUGUAUACUCCGAGCAACCAAGAAAAGAUUUUAAUAAUAUGCUUGUACAGCAAGAUGCUGCAAGGUCUUCUGGCUUUUGUCUUGGUCCAUUGGAUAUAAAGUUAUACAAGGGCCAAUUCUUAUGUGUCAUUGGAAGAGUGGGUUCUGGUAAAUCAUCUUUUUUGUCUAGCGUUGUGGCAAAUCUUAACUGCAUAUCAGGCGAGUUGAUGAUGAAUGCAUUUUUAAACAACCAGGGUGUUGGAUUUGUGUCACAAUCUUCCUGGAUUCAGCAGAAAACAAUAAAAGAAAACAUACUCUUUGGGAAACCUUUGAAUAUAUUGAAAUAUAGAAAAGUCCUUGAAGCCUGUGCGCUCUUAGAAGACCUUGAGGUAGGUUGCUAUCUUAGAGCCAAAUCCUUCUUUUUUAAGAAAUUGCCAAAUAAAGCUUAUCUUUUGUUAGUUUUUGAUAUUUAUUUGUUUGAUGAUCCCCUGUCAGCUGUUGAUGCACAUGUUGCCGAACACAUAUAUUCCAACUGCAUUAUGGGUAUUUUAAAAGACAAAACCCGUAUUCUGUGCACCCACAAAACACAGUUUGCUGAAAAUUGCGAUCAUUUGAUGAUUUUGUCUGAAGGGCAGGUGGUCAGCCAAGGUCCACCGAGCAAAACAUUGCAGCUCUAUUUUUUGGGUAACGAAGAAAGAGAUGAGUAUAAACAAGAUUUUGCUUCAAUGGAUAAGGAAGUGAGUCUUGAAAGUAUUGAAGUUCAGAAAUUGGUGCAAGAUGAGGAAAAAAUGGAGGGUGUGAUUAGUUUUCACGUUUACAAGUCUUAUUGGAAAGCUGUAGGGCCAGUUUUAUCAGUUAUUGUGCUUUUGUUUUGCUUUCUUAUGCAAGCUUCUAGAACAACAUCUGACUGGUGGUUAUCAUACUGGGUAUCAUCUGUUUGCAGCAACUGCUCCUCAAAUUUUUCAGCUUUCGAGGAAAUGGGAGAUCUUUCAGGAAAAAAGAAUAGAAGUCUUUCAUUCUAUUUAUACAUUUAUGGGGGAUUAGCUCUCAUCAAUAGUAUCUUCACACUUUUCAGAGCGUUCUUGUUUGCGUGGGCAGGCAUUAAAGCAGCCUUAUUUUUACACAAUUCUCUUCUCCAACGUAUAGUCAAGGCUACAGUCAGUUUUUUCGAUGUCACACCCUUGGGACGGAUUAUGAAUAGAUUUUCAUCCGAUGUCUAUUGCAUAGACGAUACACUUCCAUUUAUUGUAAAUAUUCUAUUAGCCCAAGUAUUCUCAUUGGCUGGGUGCAUUUUCAUCACAUGUUAUGGUCUUCCAUGGAUUAUUAUCAUCAUUUUUGUAUUAUCAAUGCUUUAUUUUAAUAUACAACGAUAUUAUCGUUGGACAUCUAGGGAACUGAAGCGCCUCACUAAUAUCAGUUUAUCUCCAAUUUAUGCUCACUUGUCAGAAACCUUGUGUGGUCAAACUACAAUUAGAGUGAUGGCAGCAUCUUCGAGAUUUUUUAAAGAAAUGCUGGAGCACAUAGAUUUGAAUGUGCGAGCCUGUUUAGCAAUGUCUGCAGCCUCCCAGUGGCUCAAUUUAAGGCUACAGUUGAUUGGUGUUGUUGUUGUGACAUCCGUAUCUUUGAUUGCAUUAUUGGAAAGAGAGUUUGGUACUGUUGAUGCAGUGAAGCAGUGUAAUGUGUUUACUAAGCCUAGGUUAUUUUUUAAAGAAAUGUUGGAGCACAUUGAUUUAAAUGUGCGAGCCUGUUUAGCAAUGUCUGCAGCCUCCCAGUGGCUCAAUUUAAGGCUACAGUUGAUUGGUGUUGUUGUUGUGACAUCCGUAUCUUUGAUUGCAUUAAUGGAAAGAGAGUUUGGUGCUGUUGAUGCAGGUCUUGUUGGUCUUGCCUUAUCUUAUGCCUUAUCCAUAACCAGUCUUCUAAAUGGUGCUAUCAUAGCCUUCACUGAGACAGAGAAGGAGAUAGUGAGCGUAGAAAGGGUUUCUGAAUAUAUUGAGAAUGUUAAGACUGAGCCUCACGAUUUUUUACAAAUGCCUCCUUUUGCUUGGCCUAUUCAUGGUGCAAUUUCGUUUGUCAACGUAAGCUUAUGCUACAGACAAUCAUCUCCAUAUGUUUUAAAGAAUAUUACUUUUGAAACGCGUCCUGGCGAGAAAAUUGGCAUCGUGGGUCGAACUGGUUCAGGAAAAACAAGCUUGAUACAGGUUCUCUACCGAAUGGUCGAUUGCUUUGAAGGAACAGUUUUUAUAGAUGGAGUGAACAUUGCCAAUCUACCACUUGAAAAAUUAAGAUCCAGUUUGUCUGUCAUCCCUCAGGAUCCCUUCUUGUUUAGCGGCACCAUUCGUGAGAAUCUCGACCCUUGUUACUUAAAAUGUGAUUCCCAAAUAUGGAAAGCUUUGCAAGAUUGCCAUGUCAAAGACAAAAUUCAGAGCUUAGGUGGUUUGGAUGUGGAAGUUGAAGAACAAGGUCAAAAUUUCAGUGUAGGAGAGCGACAACUUCUCUGCCUGGCAAGAGCGCUUCUCAGGAAAGCUAAAGUGAGCAAUACUUUUUUUAUAAAGUUGCAAAUCAAAAUUACAACUUCUUUGUCAGCCAAGAGAACAUCUCAGAAAAGCUAAAGAGAGCAAUUCACU